AUGGACUGGAUCGAGCUAAUUAAGGAUCCUGUUAGCUUCUCUAGUCAAAAGCAGGAAAUCUUCGAGCAUAAAAAAUUACCUAAAGUGAAGGAUGCGGUUUCAGUGACUUUCCGAAUAAGACUCAAGACUCAUUCUAAUGAUUGGGCCACUAUUUUUCACAAAGGUACCGGAGAUUAUGAUAUUACUCCCGGAGUUUGGCUAUCAGGCGGCACAUCCCACUUGCAUGCUCGCUUCACUGGCAACUGGAUUGCCAAUACAGGAAUUGAUGCGGUCGAAGGCGGGCUUUUGUUAGGCAAAUGGUACCAUGUAGCGUAUACACUGUCUGACACUGAAAAAAGGUUGGACGUCUACGUUGACGGUGAAUGGCGUGCAUUAGAUGCUAUCGUCAAUGUGCAGUCGGAGCAAGUUAUUUUCAAUAAAGGCCCGUUGUAUAUUGGACGUGCAUAUUCUUGGGAUUCAUUCAAUGGCGAAAUCAGUAAUUUUCACUAUUUCAAUUGGCGUUUAUCUGCUGAUGAAGUGAUAAAAGACUCCAUGAACCAGUUAUCACCUGCGAUUCCAUUACCACGAUCAGCGAAGCCAUCACAUUCACAUUCACAGGCUGGUUCGUAUGCACUGCCGGGAAAUGCAUAUCCGCAGGCAAGUUCGUACGCGCCGCCGCCGCCAUAUUCGCCAUAUACAACGGGAAAUCCAUACUCGCAGCCAGGUUCAUUCGCGCCGCCGGGUAAUCCAUAUUCGCAAGCAGGUUCAUAUACACAUCAAUAUACACGGACAACUUCAUAUCCAGCGCCGAAACACGAACAUGGGCAUGCAAAGUCGUCACAUGAACAUGGGUAUAAAAAGUCGUCAAAAAAGUCAUCAAAAAAGUCAUCAAAAAAGUCAUCAAAGGAAUGCAUACAAGUUUUAUUUUUAAAGCAUGUAUUUUAA